AUCCUUACCAUCUCUCCCUCUCUCACUCACUCUUCUUGUUCACUAAAUCUCAAUUCAAAAUGUUUUCUGCCACGUCAUCAUCAUCAUCAAUGCCACCUUCUCAGAGCCCAUUCGAAAAAUUACCACGGCAUCAAAAUAUUCGAUAUCACGAAAAAUGCUUCUCAAUUCCACUUCAUACACUUAACUAUUUUCUAUGCGUUAUUAUUUUUUAUUUCUUUGUUUUCACUAUAUUUUAUCACGAACGUUAUGGUGGAAAACCUGAAAAUGUUCAAGUUACAUCAGCAAUUUAUGAUUCAAAUUCAAACGAACUGUCAUUAAUCUUUCUAUUUGAUUCUUCAAUUCGUCGACGGGAAAUAUUCCUUGGAUUUGGUCCAAAUGACUCAAAAACAUCAAGAAAUGAAACUCAAAUUGAGCUUAAACCACCACCCGGAUUUGUUGAUAACUCACAAAUUUCAAUUUGGUCAUCAAUUGAAAAGGAAAAACCCCAGUCUUUAACUGUGAAUGCAGAACAUCCAAAGUCAUUGCUUUUACGAGAUCACACAGGACAUCCAUAUUUAGAAUUACCACUUCAAGAACCAUACUCCGAUUUUCGCGACAUUGUUAGUUGUUUCAGUCCAAUUUAUGGAGAUUUUGAGAUGGUUUUAACAGCUUUAACAUCAUCCAUAUCAAUGGGAUCAUUUGUUAGUAUACCAUAUGAAGAGCUUACUGGAGAGCUUUACAAGUUUCUACGUGUAUUUGAAAAAACGGGACAUGUCAGGUUAACUGCAUUUCCAAUGAUACGUCAUCAGCCUCGCUUCGAUUCGGAAAAUGAAAAUUAUCAUUUGAAAAUGAUCAAACUUAAAACAGAUUUAACGCAUUUGCAUUGUUGGCUAAUGCAUAAAAACCGGGCCAAAUUCAUGAUCUUCCAAAACUCUGCUGAAAUUGUUUUACCGAUUUCCUCGACGCUGGAAAAUCCCAAUUACGCCUCUGAAUUUACACGAAUAUUUGAAACACCACGAGUUGAAGGAUAUGAUAUUUUAGAAUAUAAUGUCAAAAUUUCAACGGAUAAACGCUUAGGCGACUUUUCGGAUUUCUCCAUCAGGCAGACAAUUGAAGCAGCAAAAGCAGAAGAAUUAACCGGAAAUUCUAAAACAUUAAUCAUGAGAAUGCAUUCUCCAACUCCACAGAAUCUCUUAAAACGCGGUAAAAUGUAUCCAUUUUUCAAAAAUUUCCCAUCUCCACCACAAGUUAUUCCAAAGAAAACAUUGGACAAAUUGGAUACAAUAACAGAAAUAAUUGAAGAAUCUGAUGCAUUCUGGACACUUAUCAAAGAAUGUUCAGAAAAUUCGAAAUCUUGGAAAUGCUCGUCAAGAAAAUGUGUAAGACCAUCAGUUAGACAUCGAUCUCUUCAUGGAUGGUAUUCAUAUGAUAUUCAUUUUUCUAAAUUUUUGAAUGUUGAAAGUUUUUUUUGUUCAGAUUUUCAAUAAACUUUUAAGAAAAGAAUAAU